UGUUUCAGGAACAUCGCCCAGUCAGUCUCCUAGCCAACAUGGUUCCGUUCUGCAGUGCCUGGUGCGACAGUAUUGCAUGAUUUUGUGUGUUGUUGUGGUUAGUACAUGGUGUGAUUUGGAAGUGGAAUUUGGUAUUUGUAUGUAUCUCACAAAAUUGUUGUUAGACUAUAGUAACUUUGAAGAGAGUUUUUAAUUAUUGUUAAUGCUUCAAUCCUAACGGAGUGAAAAUGAGCGGUUGUGGCAACAAGCAGGUUCUGUUUCCAAUGGAAUAGCUGCUAGUGCAUGAGUAGAUACCUCUGCAAUCUCUUACAUCGCCUGCUUUCAGAUAUGUUACAGAGUGUUUAAUUUUUCUCCCUAGAGAAAGGAGAUACCAUGCUUUUAUUGGUCGAGGGGAUUAAGGUGUUUGACUGGAUUGAGAAAAUUCAGGCUAGUCUGAGAGAUUGGCAAAAUAGGGAAGAUAGAGAGCAUCCCAAUAAGAUUUUUUUAGUCCUCAAAGAACUUUAUGGUCAUUCGCAAUCAUAUGUUUCCCUUCAGAAGAAUUUUUUUUUCACACAAACAGGGUGAGGAGGAGUCACUGCAAGAGUUUUCCCAUGACCCUUUCGCAUUAAUGGAAAAGGUGGUAUAAAAGGCCCCUGAUGGCAUGCACAAUUCUUCUGUACUGGUUCACAACCAGUUUGUAGAAAAUGUUUGUUUUUGGUAAUGACCUAAGGAGGGAACACAAACUGUCCGCUUACACCCACAUUCCACUCUUUUAGAUGUUCAGAAGGAGGCUUUAAGAUGGGUUGAUGAGGGGUCCUGUCAUGCAAUGAGGGAGAGGAGUUAUUCUGUAACAACUGUGCCACUCAGUAUAAAGUGUACUGGCAUUCUUCGUUGCCAGCUGAGAUUCCCGCGGUUCAGAGGUUCCUGAAUUGGCAGAAUUAAAGAAAGCUAUGAAGGAACAACAAGAACAACUUUAUAAACUUUCACGAAGUUUAUUAGAAUUGCAGUCACACACAGUGUUUGGGCAGACAGAAGGUACUAGUUCUAUAAUCUACAGGCGAUGCAACCAACCUGGCCCCAUAGCCCAGUUGUACCAUGAUCCAUGUCCAUCGAGCAGAACAGGAAAUUCGGUCUUUACCCCGGCAUAGUUCGAAAUUCUCUGUAAGGCAGAUGGAACAUUCCAACCCUCUGAAGUGAAAAGCCACAUUUCAGAAGGGAUGGAAAGUGGCUCAGGUGUUCCUAGAAACUUUUGUAGUACAACUCUUUCUACUCAAGUUAUUGGGUAGCUGCCCUUCUUUCUACCCAAGUUAUUGGGUAGCUGUUACUAUGAGUGGAGUCGAUGUUCCAUGGACUACGGUUUUGGAGAGUUUCUUCCUGCAGCAUUUUGAGUCUUGGGGUAGGGAAAGACUAAGUACCGGUGGGUGGCUGCAGCUUUGAGCUUCGAUUUUAUCGUUUUGGGUAAGCAUAUUUGUGGAAAGGGGGGUUCUGUUUCUGAAAGAUUUCCCACAUGCACCUUCACUUGAGGGACUUACCAGGGUUACUAGGGAUGAAUAUUAUACAGGAUUGCUAUAGUGAGUUGUUUAGUGCUGUUGACCUGUUUAAUCUCCCUGCUGUGAAAGAAGCUCCUGCUUUGAAGCUUGCAUUCCAGUUCUGCCAAAGGGCUGGUGGUUCUGGUUCUGAUGACUUGCCUCGGGAUAGAGAUUGGGUUAUGGGGUUGGCUGUUUCAGAAAGAGGGUCUUCUUUAUCAGCAUCUUAAAUUGCCGGAUGUUGGAGAGGAAGCGGAACAGCUGGUGUUAACUGAGGUUUUGCAGGAAGAGGUUCUUAAGCUGUUACAUGAUCGCCAUGGCCAUCAGGAGUGUUGUCAGAACUGUAAUCAGUGUGCUGUCUCUAAGUCCAGUGGUCUAUUGGCUCAUGCCCCAAUGGGUCAUCUGCUGGCCUUUAAGCCAAACCAGGACAUUGAUUUUAUGAGACUAGAACUCUCAAGUGAUACACCCAGGCUGUGCCCAUGAGAGAUCAGAAAGCUACUACUGUAGCUAAUGUUCUAGUUCAUGAGUGGUUCCAUAGGUUCAGGGUGUCAGUUAGGCCUCAUUUGAAUCAAGGCAGGAAUUUUGAUAGUGUUGUGGUCACCCAAUUAUGCCAUCUGUGUGGGAUUCAGAAGACAAUGGGAUUCAGAAGAUCCCAUACCACCCUCAUGUAAUGGGCAGUGCAAGCGUUUUAAUCAAACACUCCAUGAUCUCCACCACACUCUCCAAGUAGAACAGAAAAGAUGUUGGACACAACAUCUUGCACAGGUGGUAUUAGCAUAUAAUACAAUGUGCCACCAUACCACUGUUGAGUCGCCAUAUUUCUUGAUGUUUAGGCAGGUUCCUAGACUGUUAACUGGAAUGGUUAAUGAAGAAGCAUCCAACCUAAUGUGGGAAAGCAUUCAAACUUGCACCAUUUAUCAAAGACUGUAGUGGAUACUAAUGUGGUAAGUUUGACUGCACACGGGGUUGGGAAUGCUGCUGCUUGCUGCUUUGCUGCUUCCCUGUGUGGCUGUUAGCUGCUUGGCUGCUUUGCUCAUCUUUUGCCUGACUCAGGUUCUCUGCGUUGCAUUUGACCUGCUUGGGCCACACCUGCUUUGCUGCUUUGCGUAUGAUUUCUUUGCUGUGGUGUUGUGGAGUGGGUGCGAGUGACUCUGUUUGUGUUCGCCACGUUCGUGCCCGUUUGGGUUGCGCCAUUGGAGGCUAUGUUCACAGCAUUAGGCCUGUGGCCCGAUCAGUCUCCAAUGGUAGCUCUUGAACUCUAUCAGUAGCUUUUGUUUAUUUUCCUUUUUUAUUUUUUUUCCCCCUUUUUUAAAAAAUAAUUUUUAGAUAUUAUAUUUCUGUAUUUCUCAUUUUACUGGAUGUUUGGGCUCAAGUAUUUUCUUCUAUUAUCUUGCUAACUGGAAUUAUAAAAUCUGUAAUUGUUUGGUUGUUCCAGGAUCGUCACCCAGUCGGUGUCUUAGCCAACGUGGAGGGUUCCCUUCUGCAGUGUCUGGGGCAGUAGUGUUGCGUGAUUUUAUGUGUUGUGGUUAGUACAUGGCGGGAUCAGUGGGAAGUGGAAUUCUGGUAUUGGUGUGUAUCUCACAAAAUUAAGUAGGUAGGAAUUGUGUGCCCCCUAGCGUGUUGCUGUUGGAACCCUCCACAGUUAGGUUGGGGCAGAGCUGGAACUAUCUGGGCAGCUAAUGUUAGACUAUAGGAAUGUUGUAGAGAGUUUUUAGUUAUUGGGGUCCUGUGCCCACAUAAACUUGGAGAAGAAGAAUAGUUUUAUUGAAGCAUCAUGUACAUCCACAGGAGUUUUCCCUUCAAGGUUCAGUCCUCAACUGCCUACAUACCAAAAAAUACCUUUCCCAAAACAUCUUACCUAGGCUUCUAACCCAAGGUCAGCACAAGGUUAAAACUGUCUCCUAGGCCCUCGUAAACACAUUCCUGUUCACAAUAUAUGCCCAGCGAGCUUUUCAUUAACAUGUGAAUCUUAAGAAGUCUUAUGUAACAUGCUCCAGUAAAUCUGAAAAUUCUCAAAGGAAAACCAGAAACUCUGAGUUGCAAUGAAGCAGCUCUCCAAGCAUAUCAUAAACUCAGGAAUCGCUUCACAGGUGCUAUUAUUCUGCGUCUUAUCUCUCACUACACUUUGUCAUAAUAGGUAAAACACCAAGGCAGGAUGUAACAACUUGCCUCCUUAAACUUUGUAACACUGCCCUCUAGUGGGACGUUGAUGUAAUAGCAUCAAUAUUCACAUACGUUGUUACUUUAAUAGACUAUAUGCACCCUCAUAUACUACAACUACUACAAUGACUAACCAUGGGAAUCAUGUUCACAUACUGCCUACUAGUGCGUUUGGAUGUUUUUUAUAUGGCAUUUCCAACAGCUAUAGAUUAUUGUGUAGUUAGUAUGUACAAGUUCAGAAGUUACAAGUCGGACUUUUUUUCUGAAAGGGUGUCAGCUUGUCGGCCAUGUUGGAAAUGUUUCGUUCUGCAGUUUUCUGCAUAUUUUCGUUCUGCAGUUGUGGGUCCUCUGGUAUUUAGAGGAUCAUGUCGCUAAUUUGUUAGCAGUAUUUGUUUUGUUUUCAUUUAGGUUUUCUUAUCAGUUAACACUUAUUUCUUUUCUUUAAUGGAUGUCAGUGGUUUGUUAUGAAGCUCCGGCUGCAGUAUGGCAGGAGAGCAUCUCAUGAGUUCAGAAGAGAACUGACAUCGAGGGAAUCAGCUGGAAUGCCGACUGAAUUGAGCUCUCAGGGUGGCACUGAUUUGUCAUUCACUUUACAACCUGAGCUUGUGAUGAGUCCAGGAACAUCCAACACUGUGGAGAACACUGAUGGCCGAAUCUCCAUAUGCAGCUCAUUAACAGGAGAAGAAAGCAGCACUGGUUCAGCUUCCCGCAGACUUAGACACACAGGCCACAGCCACUCUCACUCCCACAGCCGUAGCCGCUCUCACACACAUGCUGAGGCUGAGGCUGACUGCUCACACCCAGAUCUUGAAGUGGGGGAACCCAGUGCUUCAUUCUCAGAAUUGCGCUACCUCUUUUGCUGGGUGCAGAAAAGUCUCCCUUUCAUCAUUAUCCUUUGUUCAAAACUAAUUUUACAGCAUGCCCUGGGGCUGGCAGUUGGAGUCGGUCUGUUUACAACCUUUCUAUAUGUAAAUAAAAAUAUCCAGGCACAAGUUUUUCUCCAAGAUCGUCGGUCGAAGCUCCAGUGUUUCUGGCUUCUGUCCUUCCUGAUGGCCUCCUCCCUACUUUUUUAUUACACAUUUGAGAUGGAGUCACUUUAUUACUGCCUCAUCCUCAUCAAUCCCCAUGUUGAGCCUAUGGAUUUCUGGGAAGUUCUAUGGACUGUGGGAGUGACCAGUUUCAUUGUGAAGUUCCUCUUUAUGGGAUUAAAGUGCCUUAUUCUUCUUCUCCCUGCCUGUGUCAUGGUGUACAGGAGACGAGGUCAGUGGUACAUGUUCAUAGAAGAGCUUGGGCAGUUUUAUCAGGUAAUCGCUCCUGUGCCUCCCUGGUUCCACUACCUGCUUAGAUCCCAAGAGGUUGAUGGCUCUGUGGGAGUCACCCUGGACAUCCUCUUAGCCUUGCUUUACAUCAUUCUGAAGCUUUUGGAACUUUACAGUCAGUGGGGAUCCCUGCAGAACACAGUACAGACCUUUCUCAGUUAUGAGGUGAACGGAGCUCCUGCAACUCAGUCCCAGUGCAGUGGUGCUGGGGAUGUUUGUCUUAUCUGUCUAUCCAAGUUUAAGCAACCUCGAGUUCUGUUGUGUCAGUAGAUCCAGAGCCCAUCCGGUGAACAAUGAGCAUGAGGCGGGAGCAAACCUUGGAUGGGAUACCAGUCUAUUGCAGUCCAGGAGGGAAAGGCUGAUCAUUGCUCACUUCAAUAUUGUAUAGCUGUUUCAUGAAUCUGGGGCUGUAUUCACAAAGAAUCUUAACUUACCAAUAAUAGUUCUCCUAAGUGACACUAAAAUUUCCUAACUAAGAGUUUCUUCUUAAAGCCUACUCAUGAAACUGAUGAGAAGAACUUUUACUAAGGAAUUCCUAAACUAAGAGAAAGGGCAAAAGAUCCUGUUGCUUUGGUUGAUGGCAUGUUUCUGGUACAAAUAUCAACAGUGCUUGGCUAAUACAGAACAGUCUGCACAAUAAACCUAAACUCAAUGCACGAUGUCAGAAAAACUAAAAUGUGCUGAUUUCAUACAGGAAACAAUAAUCUAAAUGUUCACAUUAAAUAUAUUUCUGGCAAAUAGUCAGACUUUGUACUAAGGUACUAUUACUGCAAUGUACUAUUAGUGCAGGGUAUCUCAAACUUUUUGUAGCCAAUGACUCCUUAAACUUUAAAAUAAAUUCCCCGGUUUCCAUCAGUACAGAUUUAUUAAAUAAACAUUAUUAAAAUGUGUAGAAUAAAAUUUUGUCAAUUUGUUGGCUCCAUAGGGCCUUCUGUAUCUGAACUUUUCACUGACAGAACGCAUUAUGUCCAAGUUUACAUUAUUUAAACUGCACUUGUAUAAUUUGGAUUAAAACCAACUCAUGGGACCAGUCAAAUAGACUAAUAAAUAUAAGAUCUCAAUAAUAAAGAUAAUGAGUUGUGAUUUCCACCCCUGUAACACCCCUGUCCCCAACCCCACUUUGAGAACCACUGCUAUAGUUUAUCAAUAUCUUUGCAGUUUGUAAAGAAAACAUAUAGUACAUAUCAGUAUUUAGAUUUUUGUUUCCAUGUGGUAUGAAACUGACUCUUUCAAUUUCUUCUUCUUAAAAUCUUUGUAAACCAUGUUGCUAUUCUAUUUAUACCACAGUGCUGUUGAAUGUAUGAUUCUGAUUGGUCAGAAGGUGUUGAUUUAAUCUUAAUUUUAAUUAACAGCACAGUUCGGAUAGUAGUUCCGGCUGCAAGGUGUACACUACUACACUUAUUCUAAGAUAAGUGAAGGAGACUCCAGUGUCCACAUUUUGUUAAUGUCAGAAAUAAGGCUGUUCCUUUAAGUUUUUCAACACGGGAACAUUUUCAGGGUGGAGGGCUCUGUGCUUCCUGUGGCUGUGGCUUAUUAACUUCGGACAGAGAAAGAAAGAGAGGCUGGUGAGGCCUGUUUAUAGCUGUUGUAACAUAAGUGAUAACAGGAGCUAACAUUUCACAACAUUAAGCAAAACUGUAAAUGAAUAAAAAUCAUUUUAAUUUUUGUUGUUUAUUGAAUAUAUAAUUGUGAUUUCUGGCAGAUUUUUGUGGUAUAAGAGGAAUAAAACAAUGUGAUGUGCUGUUAUUCCAAAACAAUCAACUUUGGGGUGAUAACAACCACUCUCUCAUUGAUUAUUUGUCUAUAAGAGCGCACUGCAUCAUAUUUUUUCCUUACUUAGUGACUUAGGAGUCCUCUGGACUAACCCUAAAUUUGUGCAGUAUUAAGAGCUGCUUUUAGUGCUAAAAUAUUUGACUUACUCUUAAUGCUGAAAUCUGUGCUUGUUUAUACUUAACUAUAUUUUGAUUGAGUAAAACCCACUGAAGACAAACAAUGUUCAAACUGCUGGCACUGUUACUGUAACAGUAUAAACUAAGUACAGUAUUUGCAUAAUCAUUUAUUUAGAAGCUUGUUAUGAAUAAAAAUAAAUAA